AUGUCUUUUUUUAAUAAGUUAACCAGUAAGCUUGACGAGCUAAACCUGGGCGGUUCCGAAAAGCCGCGGGAGCGGGAAGCAUAUCCAAGCCAUCAAAAUUACCCUCCUCCUUCUCAGCAAUACGGCACCAGCCACGGCCGAGAGCCAUAUCCGCCGAACCCGCCGAACCCUCAAUCCGGUGGUGCUAGUGGCUACCCGCCUCAGUACGGAAGCAACUAUAAUACUCCUCCGCCUGGUAAUUAUAGCAGCCCCCCGCCGCCUGCUCCGGGUGCCGGCCCUACUUAUUCGCCACCAUCGGAUAAGCCGCCAAUCCCGGCCGGCUGGACACCGCAAUUUGACCAGCAGUAUCAACGUUGGUAUUACUACGAGCAGGCAACCGGCCGUUCGCAAUGGGAAGCCCCAGGUUACCAUGCUGGAGGCGGCCAAACCGAAGGUGACAGAGGAUCGGGAUCUCACGGUGAAACUAAUUAUUCAUCCCACGACGCACCGGGUUAUCCCCAAGAUUCGCGCGGUUAUAGCUCUCAUGGAGGCUACGGUGAACAGGGCGGAUAUGGAUAUGGCCACGGAGGUCAAAGCUAUGGGAAUCGCCCGGAAGAAGAUUACAAUAGGCAAGGAAGCGAAGAGAAGAAGAAGAAGAAAAAGGACAAUAGUGGCCUCUUGAUGGGUGCUGCCGGUGGUCUAGCUGUAGGUGCUAUCGGCGGCGCAUUAAUAGCCAACGCCCUCGAUGACUCAGAUGAUGAACGUCAUCAAGCCGCUCCGGCUAUAGCUCCGGCUCCGGUCUACGCAGCUCCACCUCCCGCCCCUGUUUACGAGCCGGUCUAUGAACCAAUGUACAACGCAGAGGGUGAGUAUGUGGAUGCUAGCGACCGAGAAUCUGUACGUUCCGCCCGUGAAGAUUACGAGGAAGCUCUCGCGAAGGCGCAAGACUCCGACGCCAGCAGUAGCGAUUUCGAAGAGCUCGAAGAGGCUCGGGAGGAGUACCAAGAGGAGUACGAGGAGGCGUAUGAAGAUUAGUAGAUUGUAUCGAAACUUAGAGCUGGUCUUAGUUGGGUGUAAAAACACCUAAGGGUGGUGUCAGGGGAUACAUUGAACUAAUGAAAAAGACAAUCACCUAUGCUCUUAUG